AAGACACAAGAUACAGUCAUUGAAACUGGUGAAGCUCAUGAAACACCUCAGGUCAUGGUCAGCAACUGAGUUCACUGAAUGCAUUUCUAAUCUAGACACUUUCUUUUAAAGUUUUAGACAUGGGGACUUACUCAGACCAGAGGGAAGGGUACAUGCAAAAUGGGCAUUCAGAAAACGGCAAGACAUCGGCCUUCAUCCCCGACAUGGAGCUCCAGGAGGAAUGGCAGGAUGAGGAGUUCCCCAGGCCUCUUCCUGAAGACACACAGAGUCCUGGCGAUGAAGAGGAAAGCCCUGGAGCUGAGGGAAACAGGCCUGUCCCACCAACUAGCCUGGCCCUUACAGGUGAUUCCGUCAGGAAGAAGCGACUAGUGGCGCCGGCUCUUAGUUUAACACUGGACAAAUCCUCUACUGACCGGAGCGUGAAAUCUGACGAGUUUGAUGCCUCUGCACUUUCACCAUCUCCUGAUGAUGACCUAGAGAUGGACAUUAACCUGGAGGCUCUAGAGACGCCCUCAGACAGCGAGUCUUACAACUUCCCAGACAGCAUGCACGACUUGGAGUGGGAAGAUGAUCUUCCCAGGAUGGGCAAAGCAGCGAUCAGAAAAGCCAGUUUACUAGAGCAUGCAGAAAUGGGACACCUGGACUUGGAUCAGGUGGACAGCAAUGGGCGGCGAUGGAGGCGAUUCCAUAUUGGCAGCCAAGACUACCAAGUCAACAUGAGCGUUCUGGAGCCGUACCUUCAAGUUCUUUCCCACGGAGGAUAUUAUGGGGACGGAUCGACAGCCGUCAUCAUGUUUACUUCCUGCUACCUACCAGAAAAUACAACAGAACACUAUGAGUAUGUGAUGGACAAUCUUUUCAGGUACAUUAUUGGCACAUUGGAUUUGAUGGUGUCUGAGAAUUACAUAUUGGUGUAUCUGUGUGGAAUGGCCCCUCGCAAUAAAAUGCCUGGGAUUAAGUGGCUUCGACAGUGUUACAUGUCCAUCGACAGAAGGUUAAGGAAAGACUUGAAAGGCCUUUUCGUGGUUCACCCAGCCUGGUACGUGAGAGCGUUAAUCACCGUCAUCAAACCCUUCAUCAGUGAGAAAUUCAGCAGGAAGAUGCGCUUCAUCCACAGCUUGCAAGAACUGGCAGAGUUUGUUCCUGUGGCCCAGCUGCAAAUCCCAGACUGCAUCAGACAGUAUGAUGAUCAGAUGAACAGGUGAAGGUGUCUGAUGGGAAGAGAGCAGAGGUGUACAUACUGUAUAGACUUCACACCGGGUUGACAUGCAUGUGGGAAUCGUAGCUGGCUGGGGUUAAAGGUCAAGCUUGAGGGCAAAUGCCCUAAUGACAGAAAAACAGCUUCCUACCAGACGACUCUUUGAUGAAAUACAAAAAGACAGUGUUGUCCUUCAGAGAGACGCAGCUGUGUCAUGCUGUAAGGUGGGUCAGGAGAGGUCUGUGAGCAACAUCAAAGCCUGUUUGACGUCAUUGCAUUUAAACUGUUACACAAAAACAGACAAACAUGUUUCCCAGACUGUAGAAAAUGACAUAAUACACCCUUCACUCUUCAUAAAACCUAUUAUGUUUAGGCAUGAGAAAUACCAGUAACAUUUCCUUUUGGACUUGUGGUGAACAUACCCAAAUUAGGAUAAAUUAUUAGUUUUAAUAUUUGCACUAAAUGGUUACAAAAUCUUGUUGUAUGUAUGUUAUCUGAAACCUGUAUGACCCAUGGUUUAAACUCUUCAAACUACUGUUUGGCUUUUUAAAAUAAGUCUUGUAAAGUGGUAUUGACUCUAUUUUGUUGAAAUAGUUUUUAUAUAUUCUGUAAAAUGCAUUGUACUUGAGCAUUUAAUCACGUGUGAAUGUUAUUAGCACAAAUGCUCAAACUUUUAAUGUAAUCAAAUCAGAGCUAUUACAAACAAAUUGUGUGUGUAAUAUUGCUGUAGGAAGCUGCAUUGGUCAGUUUAUACUGUACAUACUUGUUACAUAUAUAAUCGUGCCUGGUUUUCUUCUUGGGAAAUGUUCUCUAAUAUUCUGCUGCUGCUGCUGCCUGUAAAGUGGCCCAUUGAAUGUGCUUUCAUUUAAUAGACCCCUAUGUGGAAAUAUUUAUACAAGGCCACACUUGAACAACCUGAGCUUUUAAACUGCACAUACGACAUGUAUAUCUUUUCUAUGAUAUUUAAGGAAAUAAAGGGUUAUAUUAAACACCUGUUGUGAUUU